CUCCUGAUAAGACUCCAUCCUCACCUCUGCCUCAGCCAGUCAGGGUGACUCCAUGCACCCUUUGGCAAGAUCUAGAUGAGGUGAAGGCGUCUGGCCGACUCAGCAGUUUGACAACCAGAGAGAUUCACCUUCAGGAGUCGAUGUUUGAGUUGAUCGGCUCUGAAGCAUCUUACCUACGGAGCCUCGGAGUUGCUGUCAGUCAUUUCUAUGCCUCCAAGGCACUGAAACGAACGCUCUCUCAAAUGGAGCAUCACAUUUUGUUUUCCAACAUUCUGCGUGUGAUGGCAGCCAGUGAAAAGUUUCUAAUGGCUCUAGAAAUGCGACUGGGAGAGAGUGUGUUCAUAUCUCACAUUGGAGAAGUUGUGCUCCAGCACUGCCCAGAGUUUCACAGCCUCUAUGUGCCAUAUGUGACGAACAUGAUGUACCAAGAGGCCCUUCUCAACCAGCUGCUGCAGCAGAACAGAGACUUUCUGCAUUCAAUCAAGAAGCUUGAGAGUGACCCAGUGUGUCAAAGACAGAGCCUCAAGUCAUUCCUUGUACUUCCCUUCCAGAGAAUUACUCGCAUUAAACUCAUCCUAGAGAGCAUCCUGAAACUGACUGAGUCAGGCUCCGACUCCAUUUUAAAUCUCAAAAAGGCAAUAGAAGCCAUUCAUGAGAUAGUGACAGAGUGCAACAAAGGGGUCAGAAAGAUGAAACAAAUUGAGGAGCUGGUCUGCAUCGAAAUGCUGCUGGAUUUUGGCAAAGUUAAGUCUGUUCCUCUGGUCGUGAGCGAGCGUUUUCUGGUGCGCCAGGGUCCCGUGAGACAGCUGACUGCGAAGGCCACUUACAGCUCAAGAGUGCCUUUCAUCAGCGUCUACCUCCACCUCUUCAACGACCUUUUGAUCAUCUCCUCCAAAAAGGAUCAGAGGUUCACAGUUUUGGAUUAUGCUAAAUUCCCCACACAUGUCCACCUGGAGCAUCUGAAGACUGAGGUCCUGGGUGUCCCCCCAGACUCCUUCCUGUUACGUCUCUCUCAAAGUCAAACCGGACGUCCGACCGCCAUGAUACUUGUUACACACACAAGGUCAGAUAAAGAGGCGUGGGUGACGGCGCUCUCGUCUAAACCAUGAGAAAACGAGAACAUGAUUCUAAGAUUUAGAUUUUAUACAUCAAACUUUAACCGUUUUAACUUGCACAUUAGUAAAAUAAACAUUUGAUAAGUUGUUCACUCUUUAAAGUUUAUCUUAACUUGACUGCACUUAAUAAUGUUAAUAACACGAAGCAUUCAAACAUACACUGAACUCGUC